AUGGCAGCUGUCGUUCGGCGUAUUGAUGAGUAUCUCGAGACUGCACCGGAUGUCCACCCGGAUGAUUACACAAUCAUGAGCGGUAAAAACGACACCGACAGAGAUGAGGUCAGUCUGUACAUCAUGCGCGACGUUCUCAGCUGGUGGGUUCACUGGGGUGGAGCACUGCGACCAGAGGACUACUGGAAGCAGAUUUAUGUCGCCUUCGCUGCCAUUCCCGAUGAUUUCCAGAUUCCCCCUGCAGCCUUUUUGGACGGAACCUACCGCUUCCUUGGCCACACUUGGGAAGACUGCCGCCAAGGCCUACUCGGCGAGGGUAUGCUCCCGACUGAAGUCGAGUUUGUCGAGAUGUGUCUUUGGCGACAGAUACUCACGCAGUACUUUGAGAAAGUAGACCCGGAAGUGUACCGAUUGCUGAGAUCGAAGACUACAAUCAUGACCCAGUACCGAGUGCUUACCGGAAAUACACUUGGGUGUGCGGCUCUGAUCCUGGCGACUGAAGGCCUCGUAUCGGGAGGGGUCGAGGACAAUGCACUCGAGAUUGCCUCUAUUGCUCAGUGCUUGAGCAUGGACAUGGCCAAAGAGGCGCUGGGUAUCCUGCAGGGUGAGAAGACGGAGACGGUGGCGGGAAAUCGUACACAGCUCAAAGCAGAACUGCGCUGGAUCUACGUUCGAUGCAUGAAGUAUCUUGAGACUCAGCCCAAUGCGCACUUGCUGCGGCGAUUUGCUUCUGCUGGGCUCCACUAUGUUCCUAUGAUGGACCGGUAUCUUGAGCGCGUGCGUGGCAAUGUCAGGUUCCCGAUUCGAGCCUCCACAGCGCGCAUUCUUGAGCCAUUUAUCAAACGAGCUUAUGUUUCCGAGAAGCUGAACCCUGAGGGCCAACUCUUCGAGACGUCGAAUAAUGGGUUCAAACUGCCCACUAUCUGUGCUUAG